AUGGUUGACCACCUGGAAGAAGCCAAGCUCGCGAGCUGCACGCCCCACUUCUACGAUGACAGAGGGCCGCCGGAAGGAAUCGCAGCAAGAGAGGUUGAUGGUGGGGAUGGAGUCGGGCUUGGGAAGGCGGGCUUGAGGGUGGAGAGAGUCUUGUGCGGGUGGACGAAGAGGGGUGGGAGGGAGGGUUACCGAGUCACCAUACCACAGAGUGAAAUGGAGACGUUAACCAUGCCAAACAAGAAGUGCUUAGGAUGGAGAAAGGUAAACAAGAGAUGCCGUUUUCUUCUUGAUUAUGAGAAGGAAGUCAAGAAUGCCAUCAGCGAUUUUAACAUGGAGGAUCAUCCUUUUGGAGGACAAAAUAUUAAUGCAUCUUCACUUGGAUGGGCUAUGUCAGCUGUCUCAUCUAGGGCCUUUAGGCUAUAUGGAAAGAAGUUCGUAACAGGGGCCUAUAGCGAUGUGCCUAAGAUGCUUCCUCUUAUAGAUAUGUGCAACCAUAGCUUUGAUCCAAAUGCACGUAUUGUCCAGGAGCAAGGUGAAGAACAACCAGAAAUGCUAGUCAAGGUUGUUGCCGAGAAAGAAAUCGGAGCAAAUGAUCCUUUGCUUCUUAAUUAUGGUUGUUUGAGCAAUGAUCUUUUUCUUCUGGAUUAUGGAUUUGUUAUACCUUCAAAUCGAUAUGACACUAUCGAACUUAAGUACGACGGAGCUCUUCUAGAUGCUGCAAGUUUGGCUGCUGGGGUUUCGUCAUCAAAUUUCUCUUCACCGGCUCCAUGGCAGCAAGAGAUCUUGUCCCAGUUAAAUCUAUAUGGAGACACUCCUGAUCUCAAGGUAACUCUAGGAGGUCCAGACUUGGUAGAGGGCCGCUUGCUGGCAGCUCUGAGGGUCCUCCUCGAAAGUGAAAGUGAAUCGGUGCAAAAACACGACUUGAGCACUCUUAAAUCUAUUUCUGCUGAGGCUCCAUGCGGAAUUGCGACGGAAGUGGCCGCCUUUCGUACCAUCAUUGCUCUCUGCGUGAUCGCAUCGGAACAUUUUCCCACCAAAAUAAUGGAGGACGAAUCAAUGUUGAAGAAAGGUGUUCCUGAUACAACGAAGCUAGCUAUCACAUUCAGAAUUCAAAAGAAGUCGCUCAUCGUAGAUGUGACGAGAGACCUGUCGAGAAGAAUAAAGUCGCUGCUGUCGAAAGAAACAGUCUCUGCAAAAGGCUAAGCGAAAUCGUGACUUAAAGAGUUGUCCUCAUCCUUGGCCUUUCUUUCAGAUAAAAAGGAAAAUAGCUUCUAGUUUUAUUUUUCUAGGAAUUCUUUUCUGGGUUCAUUUG